AUGGGGGACUUCAAUUCUGUCCUAAAUGUUGAGGAUAUGAUAAGGGGAAAUCCAGUGAGUAUGGUGGAAAUAACUGGCUUUCAUGCUUGUAUUGAGAGUUGUGAAUUGCUGGAACUACCUAGAAAAUGUAACAGAUAUACAUGGAAUGAUAAAAGGGAUGCUAGUGUGUUCUCAAAGUUAGACUGGGUGUUUAUUAAUCCAGAAUGGUUAGUGAAUAUGUCGGCUUAUAAUGCAAAUUUAUUACCAGAAGGAGUGAGUGAUCAUUGUCCUGUUGUAAUUUCACUGCUUGAUGGACCAAGAAGAGUGAAACCAGCUUUUAAAUAUUGCAAUGUGUGGGCUAGUCAUACUUCAUUUUUGAACAUUGUGAAAGAGACAUGGGACCACAAUAUUGAAGGCCACCAGAUGUUUAGAGUUGUGAAGAGACUUAAGUAUUUAAAGAGAAGACUGAGAAAUCUAAAUAGCCAGCAUUUCAGAAAUAUCAUCACAGAAGCUGAUGAGGACAGAAUUGAACUUGCAAAAGCACAAGAAGAGCUACAUCUCCAACCAACGGAUAAGACUUUGCAGGAGCAGGAGAAGAGAUUGUACCAGAAGUUUAUGAGAUCCUCGUACAUGGCUGAGAUCUACUUACAACAGAGGAAUAAAGCAACUUGGAUCAAACUUGGAGAUGACAACACAAGAUAUUUCUUCUCAAUUAUAAAACACAGGAAGCUAAAACAAACUAGUUUUCAGUUGAAGGGUAAUAAUGAAUCAAUGCAAACAAACCAGAAGGCAAUUGCAGAUGUCUUUGUGGAGUAUUAUGAGGACCUUCUAGGCACAAAGGAAAAGAAAUGA